UUACAGAAAUUUACUUAUAUUAUGGACUGAAUGCUGGCGGCCGGAUGGCCAAACCGUUAAGGUGGAAGCCUGUCGUUCCGGGGUCCCGAGAUCGUUUGUUUUGUUAAGUUAUGGCAACGCAACACUUGGGCGAUCUGCCUAGGGGAAAUGCCUUCCGGGAGGUCUUUUUAAGGGUUACUGGCUCUAUUUAGGCGUUACAGACGUGGAAAAAACCCGGAAAACUCCACGUGACCAGCCCGUUUGGGCGAGGCGCGAACCCACGACCGAACUCCUAAGUGUUUAGGGAACGAAACCGCUUGGCUACUGGUGGGGCGUAAACUCCAGGAAUGUUUCGGCGGUGAUUCGUUCUGAUACUUCGGGUCUUCUCACCAUCCGGUAGUUCCAUAGUGGGCCUGGCCGAACCCAUAAUAGGUUUUAAAAGAAAAGACUGCUAGAUGCUGAAUAUUAGAAAGUGACUACAGGUUUUUAGACCAAUAGCUUUUUAGGUCCCCGAAGCAAAUAUUAAGGAAGAAAAAAAUAAAGUUAUAACGAGAAAUAACGUUAAAUUUAAUGUGUCGAUUUUAAAACGCGUUGCCGGAUGUGAAGCUGGCAACAUUCAGGCAUACACCAUUAUGCCGAAACCAUUUCCUGUUUACGUCGCGCAAGAUUACAAUGAUUUUAUAUUAAUAAAUUAUUCAAUUUAGAAUAUAAAAAUAGACAAAAUGCGUUAUUUUAAACGUUUGUUUAAAUAUCUCAACAACUUGUUAUGUUGACAGAAAAAGCUCAGAUAUUUAUGUAUGAUGACGUCGUCGCCGAGAUGAGUUUCGUUAUUUCUUCAGUAUGAAAAACGAUUAUAUUUUAAAAUUCAAUGUUUAUUUUUGGUUAAUAACAAGUAUUUUUUCUUUAGAAAGAUUUACAAGAGAGGAUCAUCUGACUCCUUAUAAAUUCAGACAUGGAUCUCGUUUAACCUAUCGAGAAAUAAAAGAAUGUCAACCAGUUGAACAUGGUGCUGUACCCCAUGAAGAAUUUUUGAUAGAUAAAACAAGUUUUUCUGAAGAAUUAGUAGUUGAAACAAAACGAUUCUACAGACAAUUUAAUAGAUCAAAUCAAAAUGAUUUUGUCUAUGGGCAUUAUAGUAUAGUAUAUGAUCCCCUACACACACUAUCUGUAUUAGAACCUAGUCAUGAAGGAGGUUGUUCACAUAAUGUGAGAGAAACAGUGGCAAAUACUGCAUUGAAAAAUAAAUGCCUGGUUGCUGUAAAUGCUGGAUAUUUUAACACACUUACAGGAGCAUGCUUGGGUAAUGUCGUCAGUGAUGGAAGAAAAGUACAACAUACCGGAAUUCAAAAUGCUCAUUUUGGAAUUAAAAGAAAUGGCACAAUUUUUGUAGGAUAUAUUUCUGAUGAAGAAAUUAACAAAUCAAAUGAAUUUUUACAACUAGUUAGCGGAAUUGGUUGGAUAAUAAGAAAUAACAAAUCAUUUAUUAAUGUUAGCAAAGGAUUAGAAUGUGAGAAAACAGAAGAAACAGGCUCCAUAGAUUAUUUUUUUAAUGUCCUAUCUGCUAGAACAGUUAUAGGACAUGAUGAUAAAGGAAGAAUUAUUAUUGUACAAAUUGAUGGAAAAACAGGAUUGCAUGGUAUUAAUCUACCAGAGAUGACUGAAUUUUUAAGAGAGUUGAAAGUUGUAAAUGCCAUUAAUUUAGAUGGUGGUGGCUCAUCUACAUUUGUUUUAAAUGGAACAGUAGUAAAUUUUCCUUCAGAUAUUUGUCCAGAUAAUUUCUCUCUUUGCUCUCGUGAAGUUAGUACUAUUGUUUGUAUUCAUGAACCUUAUUGCGAUCCUACUGAUUGCAAUAACAAUGGAAAAUGCAUAAAAGGAAAAUGUUAUUGCAAUGGACAUUGGCAACCACCAAAAUGCGAUUAUUUAUUUUGUGAACAAAACUGUUCUCAUCAAGGAAACUGCACAGAAAAUGGUUGCAAAUGUUAUAGUGGUUGGAUGGGAGAAAGUUGUAAUGAAAAAUGUCCCGAAAGAAGAUUUGGAGAAAACUGUCAACAACAUUGUAUGUGUUUUAACAACAGUACUUGUAACCCAAUUAAUGGAAACUGUAUUUGUAAGCCAGGUUUUAGAGGGAAAUUUUGUGAACAAGAGUGCCCAUAUACAUUUUAUGGUCAAGAUUGUUCUGAACAAUGUUUUUGUGAAGAAUCCUGUGAUUGUGAUAAAAUCACAGGAAAAUGCAGAAGUAUCUGGAAUUCAAGUUUAUCACAAAAUCAAUGCAUAAUAAAGAACAUCUUAAGAAAUCAAAAAUUAAUUGAAAAUAAUCAAAAUCAAAGAUAUUUAAUUAUUAUAAUUGGAAGUUUGGCUGCAUUUACAAUUAUCAGUCUUCUUGCAAAUAUUGUCUUGCUUUGGUGCUCGUGUACUUGUUCCUGUCAAUCUAUUGUACCUCUUUGCAACAGGAAACGUUCCAAUAAAAAAAACAGACUUUAUAGAAUUGCUGCGGAUAUUAGCUCGGAAGACGAGGAGCUACCCAUGACCGUGCAUUCUUCGAGAACAAAUUUAAAUUAAUUGUUACUAUUAAAAUACUUGUACAAAAUAUUUUUUAUAUCAAGAAAUGAAAAUAAUUUUAUUAUUAUAUUUUUUUAUACAAAAAUAGGAAAGUUGAAUGUAGUAAUAUGAUUUUAGAUAAUUUUAAUAUAUUAUUCCAACAUAUUCACUGCUUUAUGAUGAUUUAUAUACUUCAGAAUAAUAAUGCAACCUUUAAUAGUAUACAAAACUGUUUUUCUCUUUACAUUUUUAUAUUUAAAAGAUCUUAACACACCGACAGCCAACUGUGAAUUAAUAACAUGGCACAAUAUGGAUUGUGUAUGACGAUUCAGUUAAACAAUAUUUUAUUAAGUGAUGAAGUAGUAUUCUUUCUGUUAUCAUAUUGAGAUCUUCAAAAGAUAGCUUAAUUCAUUAUAAAGCAGUGUGUGUGUUAAAUCUAAAUAAAAUUAUUCUAGUCAUACUUAUCAUAAAAGUAACUGUAAUCAAGUAAGAAAUAAUUAGUCAUAUUAAUGUACAUAGUUAAAAAGAAAAAUAAAUUUAUUUAAAUCUGGUAUAUUUUUCUAUGAAUUUUACACUUAGAAACUGAUUUUAAAUCAAUUUCUUUCUUAUAAAUAAACCCAAAUUAAACAAUCCAGAACAAGGUAGCUUUAUAAUUCAGCAAUCACUUUUUAAAACCUUAAGUGAGCUUGCAGUUGUAAAAAGAUAAAACAAUGCAAUCUGAUCCUUGUUUUUUUAUUUAUUGUUAACAGUUAAAUAUUUAAGAAUUCUAACUUAUGAGUAACUUUAACAAUCUUUAAAAAUCAACUUUCCGUAACCUUUAGUUGGAACUGCCAUAUUUAAACAAGAAAAUCAAAUAUACUAUGUAAAUAACGAUUAAUAC